UUGAAAACAAUUAUGGCGGAAAGUCGAAUGAAUUUGGCUGCAUUACAGCAGAGAGACCCAUUUAUUACCGAUAUUAUUGACACGGCAUCACAAGUGGCAUUAUAUUCUUUUAGUUCCAAAACCAACAAAUGGGAGAAGAUAUCAAUAGAAGGAACACUUUUUAUCUACAAACGAUCUGCUGCACCGUUAUUUGGUUUUAUGAUUUUAAACAGAUUAGGAUUACAGAAUUUGAUUGAACCGUUUACCAAGACGUUAGAAUUCCAAGUUCAAGAACCGUUCCUGCUCUACAGAAAUGCCAAAAAUAUUUAUGGAAUAUGGUUUUAUGAAAAAGAUGAGUGUACCAGAUUAGGAACAUUAAUGAAUAGAACAGUGCAAUCUAUUCAGACAUUCCCGCCCUCCGAGACGGUGGUGCCACCCGUUGUCCAAACACGGCAACAUGUACAGCAUAGUCCAGUGUUGACGACUACUACUACUCUAGCUAUGACUGGGACCACAGUGGACAUCAUGAAAAUACUCACUAAAGCUCAACAUGAAUAUGAUCAGUCAAAGUCAACCGUUGUGAAAAGAUCUGAACCCAAAUCAAUGACAGAUAAUUUAGGUAGUGGUAUCCAGAACCGUGAUCAGCCUCUAGUCAGACCAACACCUGUGAAAUACGACAGUCAUCCUGUCACUGCCACAGACACUAACCCUGGUAUUACGUCGACACCUCCUCAAGGAAACCCCAUGUCUAUAGAAGCGUUAUUUCAAAAAGCCAGUUUAAAUCAGAGAGGUGGGGCUGAAUUACCAGAUGUUACCAAACCUUCAGCUUUACAGAGAUCUGUAUCUUGUGAUAGGGAAGAUAAAACUGAUCUACAUCCACUUCUGAUGCAGCUGAUCAAGAAAACACCUACCUUAGAGCAAAUAGAACGACAGCAACAAUCAUCACAUGAUGCUCGCGAACGGCCUCCUUCCCAGGGGUACGAGGAGUUUAGCGUUCCGGUAUCCCCCAGAUCAGAUGUUACUUCUACAGAGUUGUUACGUCCCACUGAUGUUGUCCCACCUCCAUUACCAAGUUUUACCCAGCCGCUGCCAUCUGUUGAAAGUGAAAAAGAUUUGAGUGAUCCUAUAUCAUGUCCUGAUGUCCUCUUGUCACCGAUGGCCUUUACGAAAUCAACCAAUCCUACGUUACCAUCUUCUAGUGCUUCAUUAAAUCUUAACAGUGUAUCAUUAUCAGAAAGUUGUGAAUCAGAAGAAUCUAGUCUACCAGUAGCUGCUCUUACAAAACAACAAUUACAGCAAGCUUUUGUUUAUUUAUUAAAGAAUGAUGAAGGAUUUAUGUCAAAUAUUCAUGAAGCUUAUCUCAAAAGUUUACAAGAGUUGACGAAGCAGAAAUGAUAGUAUUGGUACUGGCCAUGUUUGAUAAAUAUAUACAAUUUAAUCAAAAAUAUGUGACAUGGGUUGUACUUGAUUUGAUCAAUGGAUUGUAUCAACGUAUCUCUCUGUGUUAUUCUGUAGAAACAUUUUAGAACGACGGCCUCUGAUUUUAUUUUUCUCCGGGUCCUCCGGUUUCCUCCCAGUGCUAAAGACCCCCUACGUGCAAGCGAAUUAUUGAAAUAAAAUUGAACCAUAUGUUAGUCCCGAAAAGACCUAGUUUGUGUUGAGUGGACGUCAAACCCCAUUUCUCCCUCUCUUACCUUAUUUGGUGUGUGGGGGGGGGGGGGGCGGGGAACGAACGGUGUUAGCUCACUAUUUCAAGUAAAUUCAAUGAGCCUGUGGUUUAAUUAUGUCCGAAUGUGUGAGAACAGCGAUACCUUACCUUGUUUGGGAGGGGAAAUGGCAUUUGCUCACUAUUUCAAGUAAAUCCAAACUUAAAAAUACUCUGAUGAAGUGAAAUUUUAAUUUCUGCCCCUGCUAGAAAUAUCAAAAUAUUUUGUGUACCACAUUAUGACAUGACCUUUUUAUAUAUUAUGAUUAUUAACCUCUUUGUGGUUUUUGGCUUUUUUAAGCCAUUUGACAAAACUCAGAACCUUCAUUUUGAAUCGGCAUGACGAUAAUGCCCUUUUAUGGUGUUCUAAGGCCAGUAUUUUAAAUUAUUAAAUUUGGUUUAUCAGUACAAUUUGUUGAUCAUUAAGUACAAUUUUUGUUAUCAAUGAGUACAAACUGUUUAUCUAUGAGUACAAAUUGUUUAUCAAUACAUACAAUUGGUUUAUCAAUGAGUACAAUUGGUUUUAUCAAUCAGUACAAUUGCUUGAUCAUUAAGUACAAUUGUUUAUCAAUGAGUACAAUUGGUUUAUCUAUGAGUACAAUCUGUUUAUCAAUGAGUAUAAUUGGUUUAUCACGUGUACAAUCUGUUUAUAAUUGGUUUAUCAUUAAGUACAAUUGGUUUAUCAAUGAGUACAAUCUGUUUAUAAAUGAGUAAAGGUUGUUCAUAAAUGAGUACAAUAAGUUGUUGACCAUUGUGCACAAUUUGUUAUCAAUCUGUACAAUUCAUUUAUCAAUAUGCUCUAUUGGUUUUAUCAAUGAGUACAGUUGGUUUUAUCAAUGAGUACAAUUGGUAUUAUCAAUGAGUACAAUUGGUUUUAUAAAUGAGUACAAUUGGUUUUAUCAAUGAGUACAAUUGGUUUUAUCAAUGAGUACAAUUUGUUAUAGCAGUGAGUACAAUUGGUUUUAUCAAUCAGUACAAUUGGUUUUAUCAAUGAGUACAAUUUGAUUUAUCAAUCUGUACAAUUUGUUUAUCUAUGAGUACAAAUUGUUUAUUAGUGCAAUCUGUUUAUCAGUAUAAUUUCUGUACAAUUGUUUGUCAAUACAGCCAACGUAACAUUAUGUAUGCCUCAUGAAUUGAGGUUCUGAAUUUACCAGUCUUUGGUCAAGAGGCCCUGUUAUGUAUGCCUCAUGAAUUGAGGUCCUCAGUUUUCCAGUCUUUUUUCAAGGGGCCCUGUAAUGUAUACCUCAUGAAUGGAGGUCCUCAAUUUACCAGUCUUUUUUCAAGAGGCCCUAUAAUGUAUGGUUCAUGAAUUGAGGUCCUCAAUUUACCAGUCUUUGGUCAAGAGGCCCUGUAAUGUAUGCCUCAUUUGUCUAGGCCCUGAAGCGGGUAUUCAUGAAAUAGUUAUCUGACUGGAAUAAGUUGAUCAAAUUAAGAGUAUUAGAUCUCUGUUGUAUGUGUAUGUAUAUUUAUAUCUGGGGGUUAUUCACAUAUAAUUUAACUAAAAUAUUUCAUGAAUGGAGACGUUUCAUUGGCAUAAAACUUAAAUCUGUGCUAGGAAUUUAUCUUUAAAGGGGGGGUUGGAUGGCUGAAUGAUUAUGCAUGAGUGUGGUAUCAUACGAUCUGUCAUUGAGUCAGCUGGCGUGGUUUCGAUUCCCCGGUUGUACAUGACAAGGGGUAGAGUCGCCUGUCCGACCUCGUGGGUUUUCUCCAGUUUCCUCCCACUGCUAAAGACCCCUACGCACGAUUAUUGAAAUAAAAUUGAACCAUAUUUUAGUCCUGAAAUGACCUAGUUUGUGUCGAGUGGACGUUAAACCCCAUUUCUUUCUCUCUGUUUCACUGUAACCCAGGUAUCAUUUAAUCUUGUGUAUCUAGCAUUAAUUUCUUUCACAUUCUUUUAAUAUCAAAUCUUUGUUUAAAAAUUUGUAAAAUAUUAUUUAAAAUCACCAAAAAUCAUCUAAUUUGUACUUGUGUCCAGUUUAAAGCUGACUGAUUAAUUUUGAUAAUGAGUGUCCAAUUUACAAGUAUUUAAUUUCCUGACCACUGUUUAAAAAUUAAUCAUUAUACAUCAUUAAUCAAUUGAGUUGUUUAUUUUUUAACAAUGAUUGAGAAAUUAAACACUUGGACACGCAUUAUCAAAAUUGAAUGGUCAGCUUUAAACUGGACACAAGUACAAAUUAAACGAUUUAUGGUGAUUUUAAACAGUUUUUACGAAUUUUUAAAUAAAGAUUGGAUAUUAAACGAAUGUGAAAGAAAUUAGUACUAGAUUCACAAGAUUAAAUGAUACCAGGUUUACAGUGUUUUUAUCUUGUCUAAGGAUCACAACUUGAGAGUCAUGGUGGCUGAGUGGGUAAGAUGCUGGCUCGCUAGCCUGGAGAUUGCCCCCCUCGUCAUUGGUGCAGGAAGGAGGGCCUGACAAGGACAGCUGUCUAGUUGUUCGGAUGUGACGAAAAACUGAGGUCCCAUGUAUACAUUGGUGCAUGUAAAAAAUCCCUUGGCAGUUGGAAUUCGAUAUAAGAGUAGGCCAUAGUGCCGCUGCCCAGGCAAAAUUUCCCUUAUAGCAGACUGUAUGGCGUAUACUGUCUUCAUUAGCCCAGUCGGAGCAGAUCACAACUCACACAAAUGAUUUUUCUUAAACAUCACAUUUAUCUCCAAUCUGAUUAGAAUACAGAUCUAUAUUUCGUUUCGUUUUUUUUUUAUACUUUCGAUGGCCUACACUACAUGAAGAUCUGACAAGUUAUAACGAUAGGUCACGUCAGGGGUCAAAAGACCGACUUAUGACCCUAUGACGUCAGACAUUUGAUUAAAUCAGCAUUGAUGUUACUAGUGGAUUACCCACAGUUCCGGGCAAAAAAGGUCAAACACUCGAUUCGACAGACCAUUUGAUUGGCUGACCCCUCAUUUCAAGCGGAACAUGAGUUAAAUAACAAGUCUUCCAGAUCCAAGUGGAGUGAAGACAAGUAAAACGAAAUUUUGAACUAUAAAAACAAAACGAAAUAGGAUCUGUGUUUUAACCAGAUUGAUUUAUCUCAUGCGGUUUAUAGUAACGUGUGAUUAUCCAGUAUCAUUUAUCUCAUGCGGUUUAUAGUAAUGUAUGAUUAUCCAGUAUCAUUUAUCUCAUGCGGUUUAUAGUAAUGUAUGAUUAUCCAGUAUCAUUUAUCUUGUGUGGUUAUAGGAAUGUGUGAUUAUCCAGUAUAGAUUAUUUUGGCAUUAAAAAUGUAUCAUGGUGUCCUUUUUAGUGGGCGGAGUUUAUGAGAAACAGAAUAUUUAUUAUUUGUGGCCUAAGCAUAGUGAAUAAUUCCCCAGUAGGCUGAUUUUGUAUAUUUAGCCACUUUUGAAUUAUUUUGUGUUGUAAAAUAAUAGAAUUUUACUAAUUUAUGGCAUCAUGAUGGAGUUGUCUUUGUAUUAUUAAUUGGCAACUGCCUUAAUUUAGAGGUUGUUGUCAUGGAAACCGGUGCUAUAUCAUUCAUAUCAUCAUCAUCUAUUAUGCUUUAACCCUUGAGCGCUUGGUACUAGAGAAUCCUAGUCGAAACGUUGCUCAGUACCAUUGCUUGAUAAAGACCAGGCCUGUACCCCCAUGGCGCCAAACCAUGCCCUUUACACUGGACGCAAUACUCAGUAUGGGUGCCCCAUAAAGCCAAGUGACAUUGGUUGGGCUGCCCCCCUUGCCCCCAAGCUAGCUACGGGCCUGAAGACUAGAGCAUCCUAGCCGAAACGUCGCUCAGUACCAUUGCUUGAUAAAGGCUAGAGCAUCCUUGUGGAAACGUCGCUCAGUACCAUUGCUUGAUAACGACUAGAGCAUCCUAGUCGAAACGUCGCUCAGUACCAUUGCUUGAUAAAGAGCAUCUUUUUCGAAACGUCGCUCAGUACCAUUGCUUGAUAAAGAGCAUCCUUGUCGAAACGUCGCUCAGUAAUAAACAAAUUAUAUUUCAUAGAAUUGUGACCUCUGUAUAUUUCUCGUUGCAAGUACUAAAUACCACUGAAACAAUUUAUCAUCGUAGUUCCCAGGGUUAAAGGGAAGCAAAUCCAUUUUUAUAAGUCAAGGAUUGUGCCUUGUUAGAAUACAGCAUGACCAUACUCUACAUUUCCGAUAUACUAUGGGUGAGGACAAAAACUGAGGUCCUUUGUAUACAUUGGUGACCAUGUUAAAGUACCCUUUAUUUACAGAUAGAAUUUGACAAAGUGUGGACUGUAAUAAUGCCGCUGUCUGGGCAAAAUUCCCCUCAUAGUAUACUGCAUGGCAGAUGCCCAUUUUCAGAAGAAUAGUAUGGGCAAACCCACUUCAGAUAAAGAUAAAGAGCUGGCAGUUCUCACUAUAAUAGUUAAAGAUUAGAUAAUGUAAAGAUAAUUUGAUGAAAAUUUCAGUCAAAUUGAUCCACUCUGAACCGAGAAUUUAGCGAUUGCAUUUUCGGCCUAUCCUCCAUCAUCAUUACUAAAGUUGGUACGAUAAAAAACAUAGUCUCGAUUAUCCAUUUCAUGAUUAAAUCAUGAAUAAGAGUUGAGCAGCAAAUCGGGUCCUUAUCCAGUACAUAUCGCAGGCUAGCGAUGACAUCGAGAGUUGGUUAUGGUCUGGAUAAGUUAAUGUCUAAUUCAUAAUUUAGAUAACAUUUCAGGCCUAAAGAAAGACCCGAAAUAGGCAGAUUUAUCUCUUGCAUAAUGUAUGUUUAAGUUAAUAUGAAUAUAAAUAAAUUAUUUUAGGGCAUUGGAUCAUUUUAGAAAAUCGUUGAUUAGACUUUCAGCUUUUUAUGUUCAAUUUCAUUUCAUCAAGUUUUUAUGUUGAAUAUACAUAUCCUAGUACAAAGUAUGAAAGAUUUCUUGUCUCAAUGCAAUUAAUCAGGAACAUGGUAGGACGUCAUCGCAGCCAUCUAGGCCUUGUGACGUCGAUCAAUGAACAGUUGUACAAAGAACAAGCAUGUCACGUCGAUCGAUGAACAGUUGAUCAAAGAACAAGCAUGUCACAUUGAUCGAUGAACAAUAGUCCAAGGAACAAGCGUGUCACAUCAAUCGAUGAACAAUAGUUUAAAGAACAAGAAUGUCACGUCGAUCGAUGAACCAAAUUCCAAGGAAUAAGCACGACACGUGUCAUGUCAAUCGACAAUGAAUAGGCAGAGCCGUGGCACCGAGUUCACAAAACAUUCUCAGACUUCAGUUAAGAAUUUACUCUACUUUCAAUCACUGUUUAUUAGAAAUAUCUUUGAUCCAGAAACACGAAGGGCUAUAAUUUAGUUAAAAUAAGGAGAACUUUUUAAAAGAGCUAAAUCGCUAAUAUUUUGGAUCUAGAAAUUGACACAAAUGGGUCGCAACGUAUAUAAUAAUGUAAUGUGAAUGUAUAUAAAUUGAUUUACAUUCAAUCGUUUCUGUUUUACUGUAAUUUCUAAUCAGUUAGGUUCGGCGAAAUACGCCACAAGUCUCAAUCCAAUGGCAAUUUCUAGGGUCUGGUUAUUCCACUCUAUACCGAUAGUAUUUAUUGCGCAUGCUCUCCAGAUAAGAAUAUGACGUCACCGUUUGACAUGACUUGUGGAAUAUAUCUAGCCUCUUUUUAUGAGUCUCUUGUUAAAAAUGGCGCUGAAAUGCACCAUGGUGCACCAUGGUACACGAUUCGUGUACCAACGGUAAAAUAUUUAUUUUGUCUUAAUUAUUGGAUAUCAGAAGAACAUCUUUUCCCCGUAAGAUCACAACAUCAAUGUUGGUUUAAAUUGACAAAUAAUUUGUGUUUUCAAUUUCGAAGAUUUUGGAUGAUAUUGAGUUAGAGACUUAGCUACUUUAAGUCUGAGAAUGAUUUGUGAACUUGACCCAGGACUUUUUUUUUUUCGGAUGUGUACAAUUUAAGGACCAGUUGGUGGUAUAGAAAUAUUUAGAAACUAAAAAAAAUGCUAGGUCUGUCAUAAAAAAGGGGCAAUGGGCAGACCAUUUAUUUUUAAAAACUUAUAAAAAGUUUAUAAAAACUGUUGAAAUAAAAGAAACCAACAACUUUGUUCUCCAAUACUCAGUUUUUCAGUCUGAUUAAAAUACAGAUCUAUAUUUCGUUUUUUUUUUGUUUUUUUUUUUGUUUUGUUUUUUUAUAUACUUUCGAUAGCCUACACUACAUGAAGAUCUGACAAGUCGUGUCAGGGGUCGUACGACCAGUUUUUGACCCUAUGAUGUCAGACAUUGACUAAUCAAUCAGCGUGGACGUUUCCAGUGGUUUACCCACAGUUCCGUGCAUGGCACGCCAAGAAGUCGCCGUAACAGACCGUUUCAUUGGCUUAUCCCACACUUCAACCAAAACGCCGGUAAUAUAAUAACUCUUCCAGAUCCUAGUGUAGUGAAGACAAUUAAAACGAAAUUUUGAACUAUAAAAAACGAAACGAAAUAGGAUCUGUGAUUUAAUCAGUUUUUAGUUUUUAUAUCCUUUUAUUUUUGGAUGUACAUUUCGAUAUACUUAAAGCCACACUGUAUUAUUUUAGAAAUCUCCAUUAUCAGGGAAAAUUAUGCCAUGCUUCAUGAAUAUGUAUUUAAAGAAAUGUAAAAAGUUAAUUUACUGCUUGGUAAUUAUUGAGACCCUCUCAUUUAAUUAUUAAAAUAAUGGCUAUACAUGUAUAAAA